AUGCUUGAAUUGCGAAUCCAUUUGGAUGGACGUUAUGUAGACUCGCAAGUACAACAAACAGCUGAGAUUAUUUUACUCCCGUUAAAACAAUAUUCUGUGUCAGUUCGUCUAGCUCUGCUUUCCCUUGCUUCUGUGAUGUACGACGAGAUUGAGAGAAGUGAGAAGUUCAGCAAAGCGGCACAACAUCGAAUUUAA